GUAAUUGAUCAAUCUUCAGUCUGCGAAGCAGGAUACUCUGUAUCUAAUAGCACCUCCAACAAAAUGGAAAAUUCUGACUCACGGAGUGAGGUUGCUAUCGCAUCUGAACCCAGUAGCCGGAGGUUAUCUCACGCUAAUGUUUCGGCAUCUGAUAUAUCCGACAAUAUUUCAAAUCCUGAUAUAUGUCAUGAGUCCCCAUCCCGAUAUCUCGCAUCACCUAUUCGCACAGAGACUGUUGCAGAGCAACGUCAUUACCAUGACAAAUCAUCAGAGGACAGGGAGAUGGACGACUUUCAUGAUUCAGUAUAUAAGGAGAGAGUUAACAAAGAGAUAAUUCAGAGCAUCGGAAAAAAGAAAAUUCGGGAUCAAGAAUCACUUACAACACUUCCUGAAGAGGAAAGGCCUCAAGACCUCAACUUGGAUGCUCAGUCACGCAAUAACACAUCAUCCGAAGUAUCGGCUAAUUCAGAUGGUAGUAAAUUACCUCCAGAAGGCAAAAUAUGUAGCGAAACAAAUUCAAAGUGCAAGAAAAGUGUGGGCAAGCUUAAGCAAGAAUUAUUUACCCCUGAGUUGUCUUCACAAGAACCAUCAAUAGAAGAAUAUCAUACGACCGAAAUUCCCGAGACAUCAUGUCCUGGAAAAGUUACUUCUGGUGACAAUUCUAGCAUUGAUGAGGCCUCACAACAUCUAGCUCAGUUAU